GAUUUAAAGCGUCGCAGUAGCGGUGUCAUCAGACAAAUUCCUUUGAAUUUAAACCGAAAGUAAAAUAGUAUGCAUUAUUUUUUGUCUUUGUCAGCAUAGAAGAAAUAUCGAAAACACAGUAAUAUAGAUAAAGCGGAAAAUUCAAAUUCAACUUUAAUGGGAUUUUGUGAUAUUAGCAAAACUGUUAUACUAAGAGAUAUAUAACACACAACAAUAUGGCGCAAAAUACUACUGAAGACGACAACUACCUAAUUGUAGCUGCAAUAGACUUUGGAACUACCUAUUCUGGGUAUGCCUUUUCGACUCGAAGUGACUUCAAGAAAAAUCCUCUACAGAUACAAGCUAAUCAUGCGUGGAAUGCCGGAAGCAGACAACUCAUGUCGUUAAAAGCACCAACUUGUCUUUUGCUAGAUUCGGAUAAGAAUAUGGUAGCAUUUGGAUAUGAAGCAGAAAAUAAAUAUGCCGAACUUGUAAUGGAUGAAGAGCAUCAUGAUUAUUAUUAUUUCCACAGAUUCAAGAUGAGACUUUACAAUGCAAAGAAAGUAAGCAAGGAAUUGAUCAUAGAAGAUAUAACUGGAAAGAGCGCCUCAGCAUUAGACAUAUUCUCUUUGUCUAUAAAAGCUCUAAAAGACCAUUUACUAAAUUCUAUUAGACAACAACUUGUUGAUAUACAAAUUGAUGAUAUUCGUUGGGUUCUUACUGUUCCCGCCAUAUGGUCUGAUGGUGCUAAGCAGUUCAUGAGAAGGAGCGCUGAAAUGGCGGGGAUAUCAUCGAAUAAAUUACGAAUAGCCCUUGAACCCGAAGCAGCAUCAAUAUACUGUCAACAUUUGCCUACAGAAAAAUUGGAAGGAGCAAAAGGAUUUGCAGUCGCUACCGUUGGAACAAAAUAUAUGGUUGUUGAUUUAGGAGGAGGGACGGUCGAUAUUACAGUUCACGAAAAAAGAAACGACGAAAGCCUAAAAGAGAUUUGUCGUGCCUCAGGUGGUGAUUAUGGUGGAACAAGUGUUGACCGGGAGUUCAUGAAAAUGAUAGAGAACAUCACUGGUACCGAAGCGAUGAAAGCUUUCAAAAGAGAAAGUCUGGACUCAUACCUCGACUUAUCCAGAGAGUUUGAAAGCAGAAAAAGAAGUCUUCGUGUUGGAAAAUCUGGGACAAUUAACAUGACGAUCCCGUUUACAGUUUUGGACGAUCUUUGUAAAGAACACUUGAAUAAAAAUUUUGAAUCCGCUAUCGAGUCGUCCAGGUUUAAUUCAGAUAUUUCGAUAAUUUCUGACAAGAUACGUAUAAGGGAAGACACUUUUCUUUCCUCAUUCCAGCCAACUAUUGCCGGCGUAAUCGAAAUAAUUGAUGAAAUUUUGAAAAGAGAAGGUGUUGAUGGACUUUCACAAAUUAUUCUUGUCGGAGGUUUUGCAGAAUGUGUCCUUCUUCAAAAAGCAGUACAAUCUACUUUUCCCGAUCAAAAUGUAAUUGUUCCAACAGAUAGUGAGAUGGCGGUUUUGAAAGGAGCCGUAAUAUUUGGUCAUCAGCCCAAUGCCAUUUCUGAAAGAAUUGCUAAGUAUACCUAUGGAUUCAGUAAACGUAAAAAGUUUGAUCCACUGAAGUAUGACAGUAGCCAUUUAGAAAUAGUAAACGGAGAAGAGAAAUGCAGUCGUGUAUUCGAUCCAAUAGUGAAACGCAAUGAAAUACUACCGUUAGGCAAAAAAGUUACUUCCGUAGCAAAAUGUAAACAAGAGGACAAUGGAUUGUUUACACUUCGUAUCUAUCAAACAGAAAAGGAUAAUCCAAUGUACACCGACGAAGAUGGUUGUUCGGUCUUAGGAACAAUAACAGUGCAGCUUACAGGCACUGGUACAGCUGACAAAAUCAAAGUCGAAUUGAUUUUCGGAGAAACUGAAAUUAGAGUUAAAAUCAAGGAAACAGCAACUCAUAAAAAAUGCGAGGAGACAAUAGAAAUGAUAUAACCAGAAUUCUAAAUAGAAAACAAUCAGACAGCUAAUGCUAGUAUCAAUUGUAGUGAAAGAUUCAAUUCUUAUUAAAUUGUUUAGAACCAUGAA